AUGUCAGACGCUGCUCAGGAUGGUGAUAGUGGUACAGGGUCCACAGGGGGUUUGGUGAAAAUCAGCUGUGGUGCACAGGAAGAACCAUUGUUUCUCGCGUUAUUAGGCCCAAUACCGUUGAAUAUUGGUGAUGUUUCCAAUAAGGUGAACCAUUUACAACCUUCAAAUAAGUACCAAUUGAUCAAUAACAAUAAAUCACGAGUAUUCAAGUCUAAUAGUACAGAGCUGAAGAAGAAAUCCAACGAAACAAGCCUUGUAAAACUCACAGUCCAUUCGAAAGACCAAUAUGGAUUAUUAACAAAUCUAAAUCAUGAUUAUUAUAUCAUCAAUUAUCUCAAUGACCCCAUGGAUAUUAAUCAGAAUUCAAUAAUGGAACCAAUAAAGCAAUCAAAUGAUAUGAUACGACACUGGUCAAUUCAAUUACCAAAAGAGAAACAAAACAAUCUAAAACUUUCAAUGACACCACCUACAGAAGGCUCACCAGUUAAAUCAACAAAUUUACCUCAAGAAGAAUCUGAAAUUACAACAGACCCAUUUGAUUAUUUCCUAGAUCGUUAUUUUGACAAUUUGUAUCUAUUAACUACCCCAUUAACAUUUUUCACCAAAUCAACAUUCACAAGAUUAUUGACUCUAUGUUCAAGUAAAGAAGAAUAUAAAUCAAUAUUGGAACAAUUUAUAAUAGAUCAAGAAUUUUUCGAUAAUCGUCAUUUAAUGAGUAAUAAUGGGAUCUUAAACUCCAACUUGCUGUACGAGAAAGAAGAUAUUUAUAGGAAAAGUUUUAUUCAGAAAUCCUUAAACUUGAUUGAUUUUGAUAUUCAUUCGGCAUCAAAUACAGAAACAAAUAAAACUUUAUCAAACGUUUUAAACAAUUUCAAGAUUAGAGAACUACAUUUACAAAUCCUAUUACUUCUUGAAUUGAUCCAUGUAUAUGAUCGUGAUAAUGUUAAAUUUUUCAAGAAACCAAAUAAGAAAAAAUCAUUAACUAAAAAAUCAUUAGUUGGUAGAAGAAAAAUUACACCAACUAUAAAUGGUAGUGCAAUUGCCAAUACAGAGAAUAAUAAAUUAGAAAAACUCACACAUAAUCAAAACUUGGAUGUUUAUAUUGAUAAACUAUGUAUUUGGAAUGUAUUAAUGGGAUCAUCAUCUUCAUCAACAGAUAAUUCUACAUCCAAAUUCCUUUCAUAUAUCGUCAUUCCAUUUUUCAAUAAAAAAUGUCCAAAUAGUGUAAAACAUAUGUUGAAAAAGAUUAAAGGUCCUUCAUUCAAAACAAAAUCUACCACAUCGAAAUCAAAAUCCAGUUCAUCAUCAUCAUCUUCUUUAUCAAAAUCUGAAAAACCAUCAUUGAAAAGAUCUGCUUCAAUUUCGUCAUCAGCAGCUUCAGGAUCAUUAUCAGAAAUCAAGAGACCUUCCCUGUCUCGUACUUCAUCAAACGUCAAACUUGAAGAUAUUCAAGAGCUGAAACUUUCAUUAUCUAGAAGUAAUAGUGAUUUACAAAAUUUGAAAAGAACAACAUCAUUCAAUGCAUCACAAUUAUCCAAGAGACAAGUUGAUAUGUCAUUACCUGUCAUACCAGCAGAACCUGAAACCAAUACAUUAAAACGUAAUUCAUCAAUUUUCAAUAGAGUUGGUAAAAAACUUCCAACUUUUAAAUCAAAUUCUCAUAAUACAUUAACAUCAUUUUCUCAACCACAACAACCAUCAAUGUCAUUUUCACAAGUUGAAGCAACUCCACAAAAACCUGUCAAGUAUAUUGAUUCAUUAAAUCAAGCUACACCAAAAGAUACAAUAACUACACAAGUUACAAGUUCUUCUCCAAUUGAAUAUGCUAAAACUCCAAAAGUUGUACAGACCCCAACUGUUAUUAGAUCAUCAGUUAGAAGACCAGGUGAACCUUUAGAUUUUGCUAAUCCUGAAGAUGUUCAAUUAUUGGGUAGUCCAAUGAGUAAAGGUGCUAGAAGAAGAUUGUUUGCCCCUUCAAAGUGA